AUGAAAUUCACCACUACACUCCUCGUUUCCGCAACGCUAGCUUCCACCGCGUUUGCGCACCGAAGAGAUGAUCUCCCACGAUGCUCCACUAACUCUGAUUUACCAUGUGCUUGCCCUGCCGGUACAGACUACUGGGAAUCUUCCACCUGGUCUGUAAUUGGCGCCAGCGCAAACGAUGUCAAGGACUUGAUUAUGGACUACUAUAAAUGCGCGUGGCUGGGAGUUGUGCCUUACGAAACGCAUGGUCCGGACAAUAAACCUGGUGUUUCGAUUCGGACUUCCUAUUUGCCUACGAAAUUAACCGACCUCAAAAUCGAUUCCCGCGGUGGUUUCAUCGAGAAAUUCGAGCAACUAGCCUCCACCGUACCCGUCGAAUAUAAUUCCGGCAAUGGCUCUUUCAGCGGAUACUGGGUCACGCUGGAGAGUACAUACAUAUUCAAAUACGAAACGGCGAUUCGAUGGAGCAUCUAUGCUUGUGAGACGGGACACGCGCGAAAUUUUGCCGUCUUUCAUGAGAAUGCUCUGAAGAAUGCCAGUAGUGUUCUGGCGGCACAGGGGAAAAUUAAGGGGAUUGAUUUGGUGCCUUAUUCUGUGCAAAACUUUUAG